AUGACUAUCACUUUACAAGCUUCUCUUCUUUUCAGACCUUCGCCACACUCUCUGUAUUCUCCUUCAAAAAGACACAGCUUUCACCACCCCAUCAACUCAUCUCUUUCUCUCUCGAAAACCCUGUUUUUUCCUUCUCUAAACCUCCGACUCCGCCCUUUCUUAAUCCCUUCUGCAUUGCACCCUGACAAUGCUGACCCAGUUCCCGAAACAGUCCCUCCAAUUUCAAAUUACGAACAAACACAAGAGGCAGUGGAUGUAGUGGAGAGCAUUGAGAGUGGAAGGCUGGGGGAGGAAGGACAGGGAGGUGAUUUAGUGGAGGAGAAAGAAGGCAGUGGUGGUGGUGGGGUUUAUGAUGGGAAUGGGAGAAUAAGAGUGGUGGUGUUUUUGAUGGGGUUAUGGGCUACAAUGAAAACUGGGUUUCAUAAAUUGUGGAUGUUAAUGGGUUCUUAUUCUUCUAAUUGGUUUAGUUUUAGUUGGUUGCCAUUUUGGAAACAAGAUAAGAAAUUAGAGAAAUUGAUUGCUGAAGCUGAAGCUAAUCCUAAAGAUGCUGAGAAACAAACUGCUCUUUUAGUUGAGCUUAAUAAGCACAGUCCCGAGUCUGUGAUUAAGAGGUUUGAACAAAGAGACCAUGCAGUGGAUAGCAAAGGAGUUGCUGAGUAUCUUAGAGCUCUUGUGGUUACUAAUUCUCUUGCCGAAUAUCUUCCUGAUGAACAAUCAGGAAAGCCUUCCAGUCUUCCUGCUUUGUUGCAAGAAUUGAAGCAGCGUGCAUUAGGGGACACAGAUAAGCCAUUUAUGAACCCAGGCAUAUCUGAGAAGCAACCAUUGCAUGUGCUGAUGGUUGAUCCUAAGGUGUCAAACAAGUCACGGUUUGCUCAAGAGCUUAUCUCCACUAUCUUGUUCACUGUUGCUGUUGGAUUGAUUUGGAUAAUGGGUGCUGCUGCACUUCAAAAGUAUAUAGGGAGUCUGGGUGGAAUUGGAGCUUCAGGAGUUGGCUCAAGUUCUUCUUAUACUCCAAAAGAGCUGAAUAAAGAAUUUAUGCCAGAGAAAAAUGUUAAAACAUUUAAGGAUGUUAAAGGUUGUGAUGAUGCAAAACAAGAGCUUGAGGAAGUAGUGGAGUAUCUCAAAAACCCAACAAAAUUUACUCGCCUUGGGGGAAGUUGCCAAAGCAAGUUUGAUUGUGUUCCAGUUGUCAUGAAUAACUUCAAUCGUUUACCUCUCUAUUUUGAUUCAAAAGUCAUACUCAUGAUACCAUUACCUCUGAUUCUUCUUAAACAUGAGUUUAACGCCAUUCCACUGCAGGGAAUUCUUUUGACAGGAGCACCUGGUACAGGAAAAACUUUGCUUGCCAAGGCCAUUGCUGGAGAAGCUGGAGUACCUUUUUUCUAUAGAGCAGGAUCUGAAUUUGAGGAAAUGUUUGUUGGAGUUGGUGCUCGGCGUGCUCCUUGUAUCAUUUUUAUUGAUGAAAUUGAUGCUGUUGGGUCAACAAGGAAACAAUGGGAAGGCCAUACAAAGAAGACGUUGCAUCAGCUACUUGUUGAAAUGGAUGGUUUUGAACAGAAUGAGGGAAUAAUAUUGAUGGCUGCAACAAACUUGCCUGAUAUUCUUGAUCCAGCUUUGACCAGGCCUGGUAGAUUUGACCGUCAUAACCGUCAAACUCGUGGUUCUGCUGGUAAAUUCUACUUUCUAGGUCGACAAGAGAUUUUAGAGCUCUACCUGCAAGAUAAGCCUAUGGAUGAUGAUGUAGAUGUUAAAUCAAUUGCUCGUGGCACCCCAGGCUUCAAUGGAGCAGAUCUCGCAAACUUGGUAAACAUUGCAGCUAUUAAAGCUGCUGUUGAAGGAGCUGAGAAGUUAACUGCUACACAAUUGGAGUUUGCAAAAGACAGGAUAAUUAUGGGUACUGAGCGGAAAACAAUGUUCAUUUCCGAAGAGUCAAAGAAGUUAACAGCAUAUCAUGAGAGUGGCCAUGCUAUUGUAGCUUUCAAUACCGAGGGUGCACACCCGAUUCACAAGGCAACUAUAAUGCCACGUGGAUCUGCUUUAGGAAUGGUCACCCAGCUUCCUUCAAGCGAUGAAACGUCAAUUAGUAAAAAGCAGUUAUUAGCUCGGCUUGAUGUUUGUAUGGGAGGAAGAGUUGCGGAAGAGCUCAUAUUUGGUCAGGACCAUGUCACAACUGGAGCAAGUAGUGAUCUUCACACAGCUACAGAGCUUGCACAGUAUAUGGUAUCAAGUUGUGGGAUGAGCGACGCAAUUGGACCAAUACAUAUUAAAGAAAGACCAAGUUCAGAAAUGCAGUCACGUGUUGAUGCUGAAGUGUUGAAACUCCUAAGAGAUGCAUAUGAUCGUGUGAAAGCCUUGCUAAAGAAGCACGAGAAGGCAUUACAUGCACUAGCAAAUGCUCUUUUAGAGUAUGAAACACUUAGUGCAGAAGAAAUAAAGCGUAUUCUUCUUCCCUACCGUGAAGGAUGGGAAGGACGGCCAGAGCAACAAGAAGUAGUGCUAGAAGAAGGGGAGCUUGUAUUGGCUUAA